AUGGAUAAAAAAAAGAAAAUGCCUUUAGAUGUUGGAAAUAAAUCUUCAUUAGAAACUAAAAAGAAAUUGCCUUUAGAAACCAAAAAGAAAAUGCCUAUAGAAGUUAAAAAUAAAUCUUCAUUAGAAAGUAAAAAGAAAUCGCCUCUAGAUGUUAAAAAGAAAUUACCUUUAGAAACUAAAAAUAAAUCUUCAUUAGAAACUAAAAAUAAGUCUUCAUUAGAAACCAAAAUUAAAUCUUCAUUAGAAACUAAAAAGAAAUCUUUAUUAGAAGUUAAAAAGAAGUCUUCUUUAGAAGUUAAAAAGAAAGUGCCUUUAGAAGUUAUAAAGAAGUCUUUUUUAGAAGUUAAAAAGAAAUUGCCUUUGGAAAAUAAAAAUAAAUCGCCUUUGGAAACUAAAAAUAAAUUGCCUUUAGAAGUUAAAAAGAAAUCUUCAUUAGAAAUUAAAAAGAAAUUGCCUUUAGAAGUUAAAAAGAAAUUACCUUUAGAAACCAAAAAGAAAAUGCCUUUAGAUGUUAAAAAUAAGUCUUCAUUAGAAACUAAAAAGAAGUCUUCAUUAGAAACUAAAAAUAAAUCUUCAUUAGAAACUAAAAAGAAAUUGCCUUUAGAAGUUAAAAAGAAGUCUUUUUUGGAAAUUAAAAAGAAGUCUUCAUUAGAAACUAAAAGGAAAUCCUUCUUAGAAGUAAAAAAUAAACUAGAAAAAUUCCUUACUAAAGACCACUUUCAAAAUACGCCCUAUCAGCACCUAAACUACUGGAAAGUGUACAGUGACUUAAAAGAUAAAGAAAAACAAAAAUAA